AUAUUAGUGGGUCCCACACUCUGCAUUUUCCACUCCUCCCCUCUGUAUCUAAUUCUAAGCUUCUCUCACUCUCACAUACUUGCUCUCUGCAAAUAUCAAAGCUUUAGAUCUGAAGGAGAAAAAAAAAACACCCAGAAAUCUUUGCUGAAAGGAAGAUCUGGGCUAGUUUGACGUGGUAGGGUCAAUGGCAGUAACGGAGGCAGAAAAUCCUCUUGUAGGAGAAAUCACUUGCGGUUCUUUACUGCAGAAAUUGCAGGAAAUUUGGGAUGAAGUUGGUGAAAGUGACGAAGAGAGAGACAAGAUGCUUCUUCAGAUAGAACAAGAAUGCUUGGAUGUAUACAAGAGGAAGGUUGAACAGGCUGCAAAAUCAAGAGCGCAACUUCUUCAGGCCUUGUCAGAUGCUAAGCUUGAGCUUUCUACUCUUGUAUCAGCUCUUGGGGACAAAAGUUUCAUUAGCAUUCCUGAGACGACAUUGGGAACAAUCAAUGAACAACUUGCUGCUAUUGCACCAGCACUCGAACAGCUGUUGAAACAGAAAGAGGAGAGAGUUAAGGAGUUUUCUGAUGUACAGUCUCAGAUUCAGAAGAUAUGUGGGGAAAUUGCUGGGAAUGCCAGUGAGCAGACAGGUGCUCCAGCAGUGGAUGAGUCUGACUUGUCCCUGAAGAAGUUGAAUGAAUAUCAAGUAAAGCUUCAAGAACUUCAAAAGGAGAAGAGUGAUCGACUGCAUAAAGUCCUUGAAUUUGUCAGCACUGUGCAUGAUCUCUGUGCUGUCCUUGGAAUGGACUUCUUUAGUACUGUAACUGAAGUUCAUCCGAGCUUAGAUGACACUACCGGUGUGCAGUCCAAAAGCAUCAGCAAUGACACGCUAUUGAGGUUGGCCGAGACAGUCUCAACUCUAAACGAAGAUAAGAAACAGAGGCUUCAUAAGCUUCAAGAGUUAGCAACUCAGCUAAUUGAUCUUUGGAAUUUGAUGGACACUCCUGAAGAAGAAAGAAUAUUAUUUGACCAUGUCACCUGCCACACCUCUGCAUCAGUUGAUGGAGUGACUGUUCCUGGUGCUCUUGCUCUGGAUCUGAUUGAGCAGGCGGAGGUUGAAGUUGAAAGGCUUGAUCAGCUAAAAGCAAGCAGGAUGAAGGAAAUUGCCUUCAAAAAACAAGUGGAGCUUGAGGAGAUAUUUGCCCGUGCUCAUAUAGAGAUAGAUCCAGAGGCCGCUAGGGAGAAAAUUAUGGCUCUGAUUGAUUCUGGGAAUGUUGAGCCUACUGAGUUACUAGCUGACAUGGAUAAUCAGAUAGCUAAAGCAAAAGAAGAAGUCCUUAGUAGAAAAGAAAUAUUGGAUAGGGUUGAAAAAUGGAUGUCAGCUUGUGAAGAAGAAAGUUGGCUUGAAGACUACAAUCGGGACGAGAACAGGUACAAUUCAAGCAGGGGCGCACACUUAAAUCUCAAGCGUGCCGAGAAAGCUCGCGUUCUGGUCAACAAAAUUCCAGGUAUGGUUGACACUUUGGUUGCCAAAACUCGGGCUUGGGAAGAAGAUCGCGGCAUAUCGUUUUCGUAUGACGGUGUUCCUCUCCUUGCUAUGCUAGAUGAAUAUUCCAUGCUCAGGCAAGAAAGAGAAGAAGAAAAGCGAAGGCUUAGGGAUCAGAAGAAGUACGGUGAGCAGCAAAACACGGAACAAGAAGCCAUCUUCGGUUCAAAGCCAAGCCCUGCUCGACCAUCUGGUCCAAAGAAGGUGGUGGGUCCUCGAGCAAAUGGAGGAACCAAUGGAACCCCUAGCAGACGGUUGUCUCUAAAUGCUACUCAAAAUGGAAGCAGGUCUGCAACUAAAGAUGGGAAGAGGGACAGCAUGAAACUCGCAGCUCCUGCCAAUUUCGUAGCGAUAUCAAAAGAGGACGCUGCCUCCCAUGUAUCGGGAGCUGGUCCAGUUCCAGCAUCACCCUAAUAAUAAAUUGAUAGAUUUUACACCCUUGUCUUGUUUUUAGUGUUAUUACCGGAUAUUAUUAGUGAAUUGGCCUGAAUCGAAGAGCUGUCGUUGUAGUAGAGGGAUAUAGUCAGUGUUAUUAGCUGUGUAAUAUUUGUGAUAUUUAGCAUUUGGAAGGUGGUUUUUGAUUCA